GCAUGACCGCACAGAGGUGGCGCGCUAGGGCCCGGGCCUCGGCCAGCGUCACGGCCACUAGGCCUUGGCGACGCGGUGUUGGGCCGCGGCCGCGAGUCCGGAAGCGCCUGCUUAUUGUCCUCCGCAUCCUAUGGCCUGGUUAAAGGUUGCUUUGUUUUGCUGUACUGGAUAUUGAACACAGGCCCUCCUGCACGCCAGCGCUGAGCUGUACCCCUGCCCUUUUCAUUUAGUGACAGGGUCUCCAUAGAUUGGCCAAGCCAGCCUCGAGCCUGCGAUCCUCCCGAAAUUUCAGGAGUGCACCACCGCGCAGGGCUUGCAAGAGGGAUUGUUAAAACAACUUGGCAGCGGCCUCGGAUAUUCCCUUAUCUCCAUGCAUUCAUUUGUUCAUUCCACAAGUAUCUGCAAUACCUACUCUAUCCCAAGCACUGAUACAGGAGCCGGCAGGAUCCAGAACAAGGUGCUGUUCCUAAUCUUCUUGGCUUACAGUUUAGUGACCAAGACAGGAAAAACUCCAAAGAGUCACACCAAUACAUGUUCACUUGCAAACUGUGUGGUGGGCCAUGCAUGUUGUGUAGGAAAUAUGGAAGACCUCCCUGAGGUGGGGACCCUUAGGCAGAGGCCUGACCGGUGAGAAAUUAGCUGAGCAGCCCCUUCGAGGACAAGCCUGGGAUUUUGGCAUUUUGCAGGAGAAGAAAGGCCAGCAGAAUGGGCCUCUAGGGAGGAGGAGGUUGAGGGAAAUCUGCUGGUGGGCCAGGGUCAACCAGGUUUCUUGUUGGCUGUGGUGGAAUUGAGACUUAUUUUAAAAACCAGUGGGAAGAUGCUGCUGGAUGAUUCGGCGCAGGGCACUUUGAUCUGAACUCAUGUCUGUUUGACAAAGAUUGGAUUUCCUUCCUCCUUUUCCUUAUCAUCCUCUUUUUUUUUUUUUUUUGGUGGUCCUGGGGAUUGAACCUAGAGUCCUCUAUCACUGGGCUACAUCACCAUCAGCCCCUUUUUAUUUUACAAUAUGUCUUGCAGGAUUGAAGGGCACUAUGCUAUUGAGCUGCAUCCCAGCCCUUUUUUAUUUUUAGACAAGGUCUCACUAAGUUGCCCAUGCUGGACUAGAACUUCAGUUCCUCUGCCUCAGUCUCAUGAGUUGCUAUGAUUAUAGGCAUGAGCUAUGAUGCCCAGAGGAGAAUGGAUUUCUUAGAGGUGAUGGACCCCUUGCCAUCCACAGUGAUGGGAACUGUUACAGUUAUCCAAAUGAGAGAAGGUAGGGGCUAUAGGGAAGAAAAAGUGGAGAAGGUCCAAAGUUGGUGGGAGUGUGCAGAAGGAGGGCCUCAGAAUCCCUCAAGGUCAAUGGCUGUGAAUACUCCACACUUCGCCAGCUUCUCUGUUGUGUUCCAGGAUGUUUUUGAAAAAUCUGGUUACUAAAGACAAGAGUGCUGAGACUGAAGAAAGAAGCAGACAAAUCUAUGGCCGAACCACCAUUAAUGUACCUGAUCUCCAAUCUAGGAAGUUUCCUCUUCUGACUUGGGAACAUGGAGACCCUUCCUUCUCCCACAUUAAAAUUAAGCCAGAGAAUGCACUUGAAGCCCUGAGCACCGGGUCCUUGAUUCCAGACUACAACUGCAGAGCUCCAUAGGUUUUGUCCCCUCCCCCGGCCACCCUCCUUCCCGCCUUGGGCUUGGGAGACAACCAGGAAAGCGGAAAGACCUGGGGAGAGGCGUGGCAGCUCUGCAGAGACCAGGCUGAGAGCACCUGCGGGAAUUCCCCUCAAGCCAAUCUUCCGGCUGCUGGAGCCCCCUGAAGGUCAGGUAGGCGGCGCGAUCCUUGCUGCUCUCGCUCUCGACACUCCGGUAUCACGCCAGGCGAGCCAGUAAUGGCCAGCCCUCGGCACCCGUUGUCUGUGCGCGCGGUGGCUCUGGUGCAGGUGCAGCGGCUCCAGGUACCCACCUUUCCUCCCCAGACGUUCGCCUUUUCCGUUCGCUGGUCUGAUGGCAGCAACACCUUUGUGCGCAGGAGCUGGGGCGAGUUCAGACAGCUCCAAAAGACCCUCAAGGACACCUUUCCAGUGGAGGCUGGCCUGCUGCGGAGAUCUGACCGCAUUCUUCCUAGGCUUCCUGACACACCACUGCUAAUGCGAGGGGGGCGCACGGGCCGCGGCCUAGCACGGCUGCGGCUGCUGGAUACCUAUGCACAGGCGCUAUUGGCCACUGCUGAGCGGGUAUCUAGGAGCCUGGCACUCACCAACUUCUUUGCACCGCAACCCCUGGACCUGGAGCCCGUGCUGCCUCCUGGAAGCCUGGUGAUCCUGCCUGCCCCAGAGGAGCCUUUAUCAGAACCCGCCAACAGUCUUGCCAUCCACAGCCUGGAGGCUCAGAGGCUUCGCUGCCUGCAGCCCUUUCGCACCCAGGAUACACAGGGCAGGCCUUUCCUUGCAGGGGCCCAGGAAAGCCUGGAUGUGCUGCUGCGACACCCCUCAGGUUGGUGGCUGGUGGAAAAUGAGGACCUACAGACAGCCUGGUUUCCAGCUCCCUACCUGGAGGAGGUGGCCCUAGGCCAGGACAAAGAGGCAGGCCUGAACCUGGGAACCAUCGGGACCCAGUUCUGUGCUUCCCGUGCCUAUGAAGGCAGCCGUGAUGAUGAGCUCUCAGUGCCUGUGGGGGCACGAGUUCGUGUGCUACAAACUUCAGACCGUGGCUGGUGGCUCUGCAGAUACAGUGGCAAGACCGGUCUGCUCCCAGCAGUGCUGCUGCAGCCUGAAGGGCUGGGUUCACUCUUGAGUGGGACAGGGAUACUUGGUGAGGACACAGCAGAGGAGGCCACUACUAUUCCCCCUGCUGUGCCCACCCGCCCACCAUUGAGUGCCAUCCAGAGCCGCUGCUGUACCAUUACCCGCAGGGCACUAGGGAGGGCUCCAGGACCACUGGGCCCUCCUUGAGUCUGUAUAUGACCCUGCCAGGAGACUUGCAAUGUACUCUAAUCACAAUCCUGGGCCAGAUGAUCCAGACCCAGACCCAAAGAGUGUCUGACAGUAGUUCCCCAGCACUGGAUAAGUAAGGGUGGAUGAGGGCGGGACUCCCAAUCUGGCAGGUCAAGAGGGUCCACUUUCCCAUUUCCUUUGAGUAAAAACUUCUGAAUGUCCUAA